GAGGGUCGUUGGUUCUCGGUGCACCCUCUCAGGUGGCGCCGGCGCCAGCGGCAACGCAGAGACGGCCAGGGGGCGCCUCUCUCUCUCCUUGGGGCCGGGCGGAGCAGCUGCCAGGUGGCCGGCUAACUGCUACAGCAGCUGGCGAGGGAGGAGCCGUCGUCGGCUCCUUGUCUUGGCUCUGGUGCUGGCCAGGCCGAGCCCGCUCCGCCCCCGGGGCCUGUGGAGGCACGGGGCGGAAGAGCGCGCUGAGCUGCUGCGUAGGGGGCAGCCCCGCUCAGUCCCCGGCUGUGAUGUCUCCCUCCCCGCCCCAACCGUGCACGGGGGCUAACCGCCGUAUUGCCCUUCUCCCUGGGGGCCUGCCCGGCUCCCUGACGUGGGGCCACUGUCACGGGGAUUCACCUCCCCGCCGAGAGCCCUGGAGACAGGCUCUGGUGUCUGACACCUGUGAGCCACGGUCCCCUUUCACUGCCUUAGCAAGGUGGCCCGCUGUGCUUGGCGUGCCCGGCACGCAGGCCUGUGUCUGGAGCUGGGUAGUGCCGUGUGACAGCCGCCCUGUCUGUCUCACUGGGGCUUCUCCGCCACUGCUUGAAACCUAGCUGGAGGUCAUAGAAGUGGCCGCGUGUGUGUUGUAAUUGGUAUCUUCCCCAGUCUCCUCAGACCCGUCUCUUUCCCAGGGGAUGUACAUUUUGAAGAUGAAAAAGGAUAACUUAUGGUUUUACAGAAUAUAAAGAAAUAUUGUCUGACAUGACGGCAAAAAAUAUUGGUGUAACUUCCACAAAUGGAGACCUGAAAGGAUUUAUAGAUCAGAACCGGAGUCCAUCAAAAGGUAACAUUUCAGUAAUUGCAUUACCAGUUUCCAGCACCAAUUCCCCAGCUAAGAUUUUGCCAAAAACCUUGGGACCAAUAAAUGUGAAUGUUGGACCCCAAAUGAUCAUAAGCACACCACAAAGACUGACCAAUUCAGGGAGUGUUCUGAUUGGGAGUCCAUACACCCCAGCACCAGCAAUGGUCACUCAGACGCACAUAACAGAAGCCACUGCCUGGAUUCCAGAGGACAGAAAACGGGCUCGGGAAUUUAUAGAAUCAGAUUUUUCAGAAAGUAAAAGAAGCAAAAAAGGAGAUAAAAAUGGGAAGGGUCUGAGGCAUUUUUCAAUGAAAGUAUGUGAAAAAGUCCAGCGUAAAGGAACAACGUCCUACAAUGAAGUAGCUGAUGAACUGGUAUCAGAAUUCACAAAUUCUAAUAGCCACUUGGCUACAGAUUCGCAGGCUUAUGAUCAGAAGAAUAUUAGGCGGAGAGUUUAUGAUGCCCUCAAUGUGCUGAUGGCAAUGAACAUCAUUUCAAAAGAGAAAAAGGAAAUCAAAUGGAUUGGCCUUCCUACAAACUCAGCUCAAGAAUGUCAAAACCUAGAGAUAGAGAAACAGAGACGGUUAGAACGAAUAAAGCAGAAGAGAGCCCAGCUGCAAGAACUACUAUUGCAGCAAAUAGCAUUCAAAAAUUUGGUACAAAGAAAUCAGCAAAAUGAACAACUGAAUCAAGGUCCUCCAGCUUUGAACUCUACAAUACAACUCCCUUUCCUAAUAGUUAACACUAGCAAAAGAACUGUUAUAGACUGCAGCAUAUCAAGUGAUAAAUUUGAAUACCUCUUUAAUUUUGAUAACACGUUUGAGAUUCAUGAUGACAUUGAGGUGCUGAAGCGAAUGGGAAUGUCCUUUGGCCUAGAGGCAGGCAAAUGCUCAGCGGAGGAUCUAAGAACUGCAAAAUUAUUGGUGCCAAAAGCUUUAGAAAGCUAUGUUACAGAUAUGUCUACAGGACUUUCAUGGUCGAACCAGGGGUUACUUUUAAAUUCAGCUCAUUCAGUUUCAACUUUAGAAAUGGCUGGCGGUACGUCUAUUUCUAAAUCAAGUGGAAAUCCAGGAUUGUGUCUGGAUGCUGAAGUGGCCUUAGCAACUGGACAGUUCCUUGCCCCUGGUAGUCAACAAUCCAGCAGUGCAACAUCACGUUAUUCAGAGUCACGAGGAGAAACCCCAUGCUCAUUCAAUGAUGAAGAUGAUGAUGAUGACGAUUCCUCUUCCCCAGAAUGAAGACAGUAGAAAACAGAAUAUACAAGAUGCUGCUUUUAUGUGUUUUUUAGUGUGAGCUCCUGGUUUUCAUGAUGUAACUUCAGUUUCUUGCCUUUGUUUGCACUGUGUUCAGUGAAACUAAAUGGAAACUUUCACGCAUAUACACACAAAAAGCACCCAAAGUUAAGUGACAGAUUGAAAACUUUUUAUAACUGAACACAGUGUGGCAUACUGCCAUAGAGCAAACAAAGUGUUUCAACUGCAACCAAGGAAAAAAGCAAAAUCCCUGAAGAUUUAGCAGACUAAUUGCUAAGUGCACAAGUUUAUUUUUCAUAACUUGGGACACUGCUUCUCCAGUUUCUCUCUUCCCCCUCAUUUAUCCCACUCAGAAUGGAGAUGAUUAUAGUGUCGACCAACAGAUGCUGAUUCUUACGUAGUCUUUAGGCUCUGCUAUCUUUUUUUUAAAAAAAAGCUAAAAUAGAUAGUUUUAAAUAUCUUACUUAUUAAAACCAUUAUGGGGAGGGGCUAUUAGUAUGUUUGCUUUGUUCUGUUCAUCUUGCUGUAUAGAAGAGUCAAAGUAAUAUAAAAUGCAAGUGGCAAAAUUAAUCUUGAACUAGAUGAAAUCCAUUUUAGAUAUUGUAAAGAAUGAAAUUAGUAUAUUUCUGUUGAAGGGUUCAUAUUUUUCCAUUAUUUUAUUCCAUUGAUAUUUUGGGCCUAAUUUAUUAUAAAUAACUGAAUAUUAGCCAUUAUACAUAGUGAGGAUAAAAAUGGUGGUGUUCCCUACACCAGCACUAAUUUUUUUAAGAAAAAAUGUUAGUGAAGAAAAUAAUAUUAAUAAGUUGUCUGAUAGUUUAAAAAUAAAUUCUCCCUUGAAUAUCUACACAGACCUUAACCUACUUUAGAAAAUCAAAUGGAAUAUAAUAGCAAAAGAGUUUCUUUCUAUAGUAAGGACUUCAUACAUCAUUUUCAGGCAGUUUUCAGUUUUCAAGGGACACAGUCAUAUAAAAUAUUAUUUUAGAAACUAAUAACUUUUUAAUUUAAGAUUCUUGUGAAAAUCUAACUUUUCACUAUUUAUGCAGUUAGACUUUUUGCAUUUCACUCAGCUAGGAUAAUGAAAACAGACUAAUCAAAUUAACUUUUUGUUUCUAGUUAAUUCCAUUUUCCAACUGUUCUGCACUCACUGACACCAUGCUGGCACAGCAGUGGAACAUUUAACUCCAAACAACUGUUUUCACAAAAGGAAAAACUGGAAUCUGAUUUUUAUACUCUGUCAAGUUAGCAAAAAUAAUUCUUACACUUCAGAAGUAGGCAUUGGAGUAGUAGUAAUUUUGCUUUAAUAUCACCCAAAGGAUUUUCACAAUCAUGUCAACCCAAAAUGUUAGUAAACUUCUUCUUUAGUGAAUAAAUUGCACCUCUAUUUAC